AACCUGCGCCCCCCGCAGACUAGACAGACCACCACACUCGACUCCUCCCGCCCCCGUCGAUCCAUCCAACAACCGACGGGUGCUACCUGCUACGUACGCACACGUACCGACAGCUCGACCGAUCCUACGUACUCCGACGAGCUCCGAGUACGGCAUCAGGGCAGCCAGCCGCCGGAGGCUGAUACAUGCGAAGCUCCCGAGACGGGUAGGAGCUGAUCAGUAUCACUUGAGCGGUGAUGACGAGGAGGAGCGCAACCGCCACUGCGGCGGCCGCUGGUUUGUGGCUCCGGCCGGGCCGGCUCGGGGAGGUUCUCGCGGUCGCGGUUCUUUUUGCCUCAGCGCUCUUGGCGAACGCCGAGUCGGCGGCGGGGCCUGCGGCCGCGGGAGGGGGGCAUGACUACGGGGACGCGCUGCGGAAGAGCCUGCUCUACUUCGAGGCGCAGCGGUCGGGGCGGCUGCCGCACGGCCAGCGCGUCGCCUGGCGCGACCACUCCGGCCUCACCGACGGCCUCGAGAAAGGAGUGGAUUUGGUGGGCGGGUACUACGACGCCGGCGACCACGUCAAGUUCGGCCUGCCCAUGGCGUUCACGGUCACCAUGCUGUCCUGGAGCCUCAUCGAGUACGGCGCCGACGUCGCCGACGCCGGCGAGCUCGCACACGCGCUCGAGGCCAUCAAGUGGGGCACCGACUACUUCAUCAAGGCGCACACCAAGCCCGACGAGCUCUGGGCCGAGGUGGGCGACGGCGACACGGACCACUACUGCUGGCAGCGGCCGGAGGACAUGACGACGUCGCGGCAGGCGUACAAGGUCGACCGCGACCGCCCGGGCUCCGACGUCGCCGGCGAGACCGCGGCAGCCAUGGCCGCCGCGUCCAUGGUGUUCCGGGAGAGAAACCCGCACUACGCCCACCUCCUCCUGCACCACGCCCAGCAGCUGUUCGAAUUUGCGGACAAAUACCGGGCCAAGUACGACAGCAGCAUCGCCGAGGUGAAGAGCUACUACGCGUCGGUCAGCGGCUACCACGACGAGCUCCUCUGGGCCGCGCUCUGGCUGCACCGCGCCACCGGCCGCGCCGGCUACCUCGACUACGUCGUCGACAACGCCGACGGCUUUGGCGGCACGGGCUGGGCCAUCACCGAGUUCAGCUGGGACGUCAAGUACGCCGGCGUCCAGAUCCUCGCUGCAAGGCUGCUGCUCAGGGGGGAGCACUCGGCGCGCCACAGGGAGACGCUGGAGCAGUACAGGGCGAAGGCGGAGCACUACGUGUGCUCGUGCCUCGGCAAGAACGCGGCCGGCGGCGCGGACGCCAACGUGGAGCGGAGCCCCGGCGGGAUGCUCUACGUGCGGCAGUGGAACAACAUGCAGUACGUGACCAACGCGGCGUUCCUCCUGUCCGCCUACUCCGACUACCUGAACAACGCCGGCGCGGAGGCAGCGGCGGUCGUCACGUGCGCGGGCGGCGAGGCGGCGGGCGCCGGCGAGGUGUUCGCGCUGGCCAGGUCCCAGGUGGACUACGUGCUGGGGAGCAACCCGCGCGGGAUGAGCUACCUGGUCGGGUACGGCGCCAGGUACCCGGCCCGGGUGCACCACCGCGCCGCGUCCAUCGUGCCGUACAAGCACAGCAGGGAGUUCAUCGGCUGCGCGCAGGGGUUCGACGACUGGUUCAUCCGCAAGGGCGCCAACCCCAACGUCGUCGUCGGCGCAAUCGUCGGCGGCCCCGACCGCCGCGACCGGUUCAGGGACCACCGGGAGAACUACAUGCAGACGGAGGCGUGCACGUACAACACCGCUCCCAUGGUCGGCAUGUUCGCCAUGCUCAACAGGCUGGCCCGGCACGAGUCCACGUCGACACAACAAUCACAGCCAGAAAAUAGCAAUAGUCCUGCCACGGACCAACGUGUAAAUAUAUAGUGGAUACGGGGGGAUUGUACAAUUUUACCCCUAUUCUUUUGUUCAUUCUUUCUAGAUGUGAAGUGUGAAGCCACUCUUCACAGAAAAUUAUCGAGUUGUACACGAGGAAAAAAGAAGGGAGGGGGGUAUUUGAAAAUCAAAUGUACCUCCCCAUAAAUAUAAGAGAAAAAAUAAUAAUGUAUUAGUUAGUUUA